AUGCUGUUUGGUGUGACUAAUGCGCCAGCGACAUUCAUGAACCUGAUGAAUCUGGUAUUCUAUGAUGUGUUAGACAAGUUUGUAGAAGACUUUAUUGAUGAUAUCCUGGUAUACUCCAAGAGUGAAGCGGAGCAUGCAGAGCACUUGCGGUACGUGUUGCAGACCCUGAGAGAGCAUCGGCUGUUCGCCAAGUAUAGCAAGUGCCUGUUCUGGCUAGAUCGCAUCGCGUUUCUAGGACACAUGGUGUCAGGAGACGGCAUAUCUAUGGACCCGGAGAAGAUUCAAUCAACAUUGGUCGAGCGAAUCAAGGCUGCACAAGCAGGUGACUCAUUUCUUCAGAAGUGCAGAGAGUUAGCAGUAGCUGGCCUUCGGUCGGAAUUUGUUGUUCAUGAGGACGGAUCCUUACGAUUUGGGAGUCGUAUCUGUGUACCAGAAGGAGAUGUUCGAGAGGAGAUAUUACGGGAAGCUCAUAGCUCACCAUAUUCUAUUCAUCCUAGAGGUACGAAGAUGUACAAGGAUCUGAAGCUGAACUUUUGGUGGCGUGGUAUGAAGAGAAGUGUGGCUCGUAGUGUGGCUAAGUGCCUUGUAUGUCAACAGGUGAAGGCAGAGCAUCAAUGUAUCGCAGGUCUUUUGCAGCCAUUGCUUAUUCCAGAAUGGAAGUGGUAG